AGCGUUUUUUUAAAUACUUUUUUUAAACUGCAGCUGUCAACGACCGAACACCGACCUAACGUACUACCGAACCAUCGCGAGAGUCAGGGGCAGUGUGCGAGAAGAACGGGUCCAGGCAAGGCAUAGCAAUAUUCAUAUUUAGCAACAACAACAACAACCUUUAACGAAGAAUUAUUAUUAUUUCGUUAUGUGAGUAAAAGAUGGAUGAAAUGUGUGCCACCACACGGAUGAAAACACUGGACUCUGAUGUACAGGAUGUGGCCACGCUUCUCUGGAUGUAUGACAGAAGAAAGGGCAGGUCUAACUAAUCCAUCCUCCUCUUCCCAUCCUCCUACUGGCUGUCUGAAUCUGAUAUUUUCUUGCUGAAAGUAUUACAAUUAUAAAAAUAAUGUAGCAGAAAGCUGAGCCUUGAAGAUAUUUGACCUCUUUUAACCCCAUCUUGCGUGGGUCCGGUGCAUUUCAAGUCUUCUUUUUAGAUGGGGCUCCUGAGCACGACACUUAAGUUCACACUCAUUUGUAAAUUAUUAGACCAAUGUGCCGUGUUUGCCCCCAGUCAGUGACCCCAGCUGUGCAAUCACUUCAGCUUUCUGUCGUAUGUUUGAAGUGAUUUGAUUGACCAUCAGGAUGAACGGCUCUCUUUUAACCCCGCCCAGCCCGCGAGCGGCAAACUCCUCUCCUCUACCUCCUUCCCCCUCCCCGUCUCCAUCCCCUCCAUCUCCCUCCAUGCUGCCUAUGUCCCCCCGGCCGCCCCCUCUCCCCCCUCUGGUGAGCCCUCCACCACAAGCUCACCCAUCUUCCCUGUCAGACACCCCCACCCCCUCCCCCUCUCCCUGCCUGAGUUGGACCGAAUUCUGUGAGCUCCACGCCCGCGUUGCAGCCGGUGACUUUGCACGGCACUUUCGGGCUUUCCUCCUGGAGAACCCCCACUACUCUCCGGACUCGGCGUCCGCCUUCUGCCGACGCUUUACCGACCGCUUCGUCCGUCACUUCCAGAGUGAGCUGGAGGGGGCGCUCCCGCCGAGCUGUGCUUCUGGGGAGGACGACAUGGCGAGCUGGGCUCCCCAGUCAGACGCUACUUCCCUGGAAGAGGAAGCAGUCUCCCCUCUGUCGGUGACUGGGGCUGCUGUCCUCCCGUGCCCCCCCACCAACACAAUGCGGGCUUUAUCCAAGCCAGCACCGGCACGACUGGUGUUAGAGAACCGCGGUGGUGACAGGUUCCAAGAUUCCUACGCCCACACCCAAGUCCUGCCUCCAUCCUCAUCAUCGUCAUGCUGCUCCUCAGUGGGAGGCAACAACGGGAGGCGUGAGGAGCGGGGCGCCAUGAUGGCUCCGGGGAACGGGGAAGCUCCAGUGGAGGAAGAGGAGGACAGCUGGUUAGGGGUGGCAUCUGUGGGGGAAGACGUGGAGCCAGAGGAGCAGGAGGCAGAGUUGGCGGAGGUGGAUGGUGCAGACCCCUGCUACACUAUUUCACCUUCCUCGUCCUCUCCCCCGCCCGGUAACAGUACGCCCAACUCCUCCAAAAACAAACUGAAGAAGCGCUUUUCUCUGCGGAGUGUGGGGCGUAGUGUGCGGGGGAGCGUGCGGGGCAUCCUGCACUGGCGAAGCUCCUCCAGCGACUCCGCCCAGAGCCAGCUGCCCUCCAGCUACAGCUACACCAUGGGCGUGCAGGAUGCCACGCUGGUGUCAAGCUCAAAGAGGAACUCUGGCACACAGCCUCCUACACCCACCUCCUCCAUGCCCGUUUCCCUCUCCAUGCCCCUCUCCCUUCCCCACUCCUCCUCCUCCUCACUGCCGCCCUCUUCUUCAAGUAGCGCCACCUCUCUGUCUCUCUCUGAGGCGGCGAGGGAUCGGCGGCGGAGCAACGGCGAGGGAGGCGAGAAGGAAAAGUGGAGCCAUCGUCUUGAGAAGCUCAGACUGUCACGAUCCCCUCCCCCUCUCCUCACUCCGACCAACGCCGGCCCUCACUCCGGCUCCUCUACGCUGCCACCCAGCAGCGCCGCCGCAGCCGGCAUGGGACCCCCCAGGAAGGUGGGCCGGCUGGUGCGGGAGGGUGGGGUGAGUGUCAGUUCAUCCAAUGACGAGCUAAGCGGAAGCCACGGCUUCUCCGGCUUCUCGUUCGGGCUGCUGCACCACGGUACGGACAACAACAACGCUGCCUCGGGAUCCUCCACUGCCGCUCAGGGGGGGGUGCAGCCGCUGGCCAGCGGGGGGAACGUCCCCUGGAGAGGAGGACGCUGGCAUAAGUGUCGUCUGGUCCUCAAAGAGAGGGACCGGGAAGGGGGGGAGCGAGGAGAGGAGUACUACCUGGAAUUCUUCAUUCCACCUAAAUCGUCGAAGCCCCGGCUGACCGUCCCCUGCUGCUCCAUGGUGGAUGUGAGGAGCACCACGGCGCUGGAGGUCCCCGACAAGGAGAACACCUUCCUGCUGCAGCUGGAGGGCACGGCGCAGUACGUGAUCGAGACUCGUGACGCUGUGCAGAUGAGAGCCUGGCUCAGUGACAUCAGGAACGGCAUCUGUCUCAGUGAACAGGAGGAUGCUGAAGGUGUGAGUGUUGGGCCGCUGGACAUCAGUGGGAUGCCUGAUCUUGCCGACCGUCUCUCACAAGUUUGUUAUGGAGGAAUAGGAGGCUCCUCACCUCUGAUGGACCCUCUCCCCCCGGAGCUGCCCCCCCGAGCGCCUCUUGACGAACCAGACAGCCGGAUUCUUAGCGGGAACAGCCUGGGCACACCCUUCGCUGAGACGCCAGACGCCACAGGCUCCUUCCUGUUCUCGGAUGUGAUCGCUGCGGAGGCGGUGGAGCACCCGCUCAGUGAGUGUCAGUGGUUCCACGGCACGCUGUCCCGCCUCAAAGCGGCUCAGCUGGUGUUGGCGGGAGGACCGGCGAGCCACGGCGUGUUCCUGGUGCGGCAGAGCGAGACGCGGCGCGGAGAGUACGUCCUCACCUUUAACUUCCAGGGCAAGGCCAAGCACCUGCGUCUGUCCCUGAACGAGGACGGUCAGUGCCGUGUGCAGCACCUCUGGUUCCAGUCCAUCUUCGACAUGUUGGAGCACUUCCGUGUGCACCCCAUCCCCCUGGAGUCCGGCGGAGCCUCGGACGUCACACUCAUCAGCUUUGUAGGGGCCACCGCUGUUCGCCAGCCAGACUUGACCAGCAGACCCCGUAGCCCCCCGCUGCCUCCUCCUCUGCCCCCAGGCCGCCCGCCACCCCCGACUCCCCCUCAGGAGAGAGCUGACGAGGCGGAGCCAAUGGCGGCGGGAGGAAGUGCAGCAACAGGAGGAGGAGGAGGAGGAGGAGGAGGAGGAGGAGGGGGGGCGGCGGCGCCGGCCGUGGCGACGACGACAGCAGGAGGAAGUGGCGGCGGAAGUGGAGGCAGCGGCGGUGGAAGUGGGGGAGGAGUGGAGGACUGGGAGGAGCGGGACACUCCUCUCCGCCAGCUGGAAGCCGGGGAGGGGGAGGAGCGCGACGGAGCGAGGGCGCCCCGAGCCGUCGACAACCAGUACUCCUUCUUCUGAUGAAGGGAAGAGCAAGAGCGGGAGCAGGAGGAGGAGGAGUGUGUAUGUGCGUUUGUGUUUGUGUGUGAGCGAGCGUGAGAUUGGAUGAGGCGGCGUAAAUCAUAGCCAUUCAUAACCAGUAUUUUUAUUUUGUUAGCAAGGUUGGAGGCGAAACGGAGGAGAAGGAGAAGGAGGAGGAGGUAAAAGUACUAACACUAAACGAGAGAGAGAGGAGACAAAGCAACGGGAGAGACAGGCGGAAGCAGCUUUACGACACUAACUAGCGGUACACUUGUUUUUAUUUUUUUGUAGUCUAAUAAGCUUUGAUUUUUGCCGGUACGAAUCGCAGCGGGCUCUCUCUCGCUGUGGAGCCAGCAGACCUGAUACCUCACGUCGGUCCUGCCAAGUCAAACCAGAGGCCAAACACACACUCACACACAUCUGCACUGUGGCAGGUAGACCCAAAACUCUACUCACUGGUACACAGCAGGCUCCUUUUAAAGAUGAUACAGAUUUAAAGUUUCUGAAUGUAGCGUCUUUGGUAUUUUUCAACCCGGACUCUGUGGUCACAUGUUUUUGCGACUGAUGGAGACAACAGUCAUGACAUUAGUUGACUUUUGAGCGUUAUGGGUAGAGCUGCAAGGGUUAAUCUAUCAGUUGUGAAAUAUGAAAUGAAUCGUCCACUGUUGUGAUAAUCGAUUUGUCAGUUUGAGAAGGAGAAAAAAGUCCAAAUGUUAUGAUUCCAUCUUCCUAAAUUUAAAUACCUUUUUGUUUCUUUGCUCCAAUAAAGACUGUAACUGAAUAUCCUUGAGUUGUGGACAAAACAAGACAUUUAUCAUCUUUCACUAUUUUCACCUAAUCGUCAACUUAAUCGACAAAGAUGAUUAGUGUUACAAUUAAAUUAAACUAAAUUAGUGUUAGCCGCUACACACGGCGGCGUGCGUUGAAGCUUCAACGCUUCUCCCCAUUCACUUUGAAUGGGGUGGCGUCACGCUUCACCGAACUGCAUUGUGGGAGCAAAGCAUAGCAGUUGCUCGCUUCAAAAGUUGAGCAAUGUUCAACUUUUGAAGCUUCGACGGAAGCGUCAGCCAAUCGAAUCAUAUGCCAGUACAAGCUCUAGCCAAUCAAACCGCUGCUUGUGUGUCUGGGGCGGGAGAUUCAUGUGAUUGGUUGUUGGUCUGCAUUAUCCUAUCAGGCGAUUCUGCACCAUCAAUGUCUACCACUAAACGUUUGAGUUGACACUGACUCAGGCUCAGGUUGUUAUUUUAAGCAUCUGACAACAAUAUAGAAGCAGUCUGUAGAGAAAUAUAAUGUCUUUCUUUACAUUUCCCCCUUGAUGCACUCUGUUGUGUCUAACAAAGUCUCACUCAAGGAGGAGUCACUUUCUGAAAUCUCAUGUUGCAUCCACGUUGUUGAAAUCAGCUAAGUAUUUCUUAGAUUACACUCUAUUUCUACAAGUCACAGGACACAAUAAUAACGUGAUAACUGUAAAGGUAAAGAAAGACACUUUCCUCCGUAGGAUACUUUCCAUAAUGUUGUCAGAAACCUAUAACAAUCUGAGCCAACUUUUUCAAAACUCAAUUAUUUUCAUUGUGGAUUAAACUGUGGAUUAUAAUGUUCAAUCAAUUGUUUUGACUAACGUGUCAGAAAAAAGGGGGAAAUGUUGAUCAAAUGUCUCGUUUUGUCCACAGCUCAAAAAUGUUCAAUUUACUGUCAUAGAGAAACUAGAAUAUAUUUAUAUUUACAAAACUGGAAUCAGAGAAUUUAAAAGUUUUUCUCUUGCAAAUAAUUAUUCAGACCGAUCAAUCGAUUAUGGAAAUAGUUAGAAAUACUUUGAAUAGUUAACAAAUAAUGCAUUAAUCUGUGCAGCCCAAAUACUGAAGCGCUGAAUACUGGACUCAUUUCAAAAUGGUUGUCACAAUUGUAUUCUGUAACUGACAAAAAUAUGGGGGAAAUAGGGUUUGGUUAAGAAGUUAACUUUUAAAGAAAUAUAUUAGCAUGAACACUUGAUACGCUCAUGGCUGAUUGGAAUAGCUACAAGACCAAACCAAUGUGAAUUCUUAAUAAAUAAUAUGAUAUAUAAUUGAAUGUAUUGUAAUAUUAAUAAUAACACUAAUGGUGGUUUCAAUAUGUUUCCAUUUAUCAAGCAAAGAACAUGUCCUUGGUUCAAGCUAACAUUUGACAGCUUGCUUGUUGUAUUUUACAUUAUCGUACAUUUAAUUACAUAUAUUUGUUCAAUAAAAAAAGAGAAUAAGUUAGUAUAUGACUUACUAUUUAAAAAAACAAAAGAAAAAUGGAAACUGCAAGAACAUUUGGAGACAAAAAAAAUCUAUCAAUGACAUUGGGUUGUUUUUCUCAGUCAACUAGUAGUUUAUAGACUACACACUUUAACAAUUGUAUAAUAAAAACAAGCUAGUCACUUUUCAAAACCAGGGGAAAUUGUUGGUAGCAAAAAAAAAUAUAUAUAGAAGUUCAUCAAACAACAUAUCUGUAUGGUGGCUUAUUAGGGCCAUUGUACCAUAAAUAAAAAAAAAUGGGGAGAGGGGUUCAAUAUUCAGAGAAAAAACUCAUAGAUAAAAUUCCAAAAUGUACGAGAGAAAUAACUUUGAUAUUACCAGAGAUAAAUGUUGUCAAUUUAUGAGAGAAAACAAAACAAAUUUGUUCCUGAGAAAAGACAAUGUACCAUUUUAAUCUAAAUCCCCCCAAAAUAUGUUUUUUCUCGCAAAUGUAUUACAAAGAAUAUUCACGUAUUCUAGUUUAACCACUUUCAUUGAUAUUUUAUUGAAUAUUUCCCAGUUUUUUUCCCUCUGAAUAUUACGCCCCUCGCCCUGCACUGUAUUAAUUAUUUUAGCGAUGGCCCUGAUACGCCACCUCACACAAGGCGUCCUGAAAUUGAAAUGUUUUCAAUGGAGUUUGGCGUUACACAGCAGAGUAAUGUAAUGUUUUGGGUCUAAGUGGCACAUAAACCGGAGCAGGCAGGAAACCUUUACCUCAGUCACACUCAGCUGCUCAGUUAAUGUCUCUCUCUCUCUUUCUCUCUCUCGCUUUUCUCUCUGACGCAAAAGAGAAACUAUUGAUAAUACCAAUAACAAUAAUUAUUGAUGGAAAUAAUAAUAAUGAUAAUAUUAAUAAUAACGGUCCGAAUAAUAGUAUUAAUUGUAUUUGUUUUUAAGACACCUUUUUAUUUUUAUUUUGUAUGCUUACUCCAUGUAACACUUGUUCCGACUCCAUCUUGUAAUUGAGACUGUGUUUGUGCCUUUUUUUAAUUUUUGGGAUAAAAAGAAGGAAAAAAGUAUAUAUAAGAUUUGCUAUGAAUUCCUCAUUCUCAAGGCUACUCUCUUUUCAUGCUGUCCUCUCCUCCUCAACCUCAUUCUCUAUUCAUCAAGGGUAAAGAAAAAAAAAUACAAUUAGCAGAAACAUUUCAAUGAGAAUACCUACUUUUUCUACUUGUGCCUUUCUGUGUCUGUCGUCAUCGGCCUGCGUUCGUGUCGCUCUGUCUUCAUCGUUCAGUUUAGAGCUUUGCCCGUUUCUUUAUCCACCACAUAAACCACCCAGUCAUUUCUACCGGUCUUUUUUUUUUUGCUCAUGUAUUUGUCUAUAUGCACCUUUUCCCCUCCCCUCCCCGUGCCCUCCCCUUCCCCACCUUAAUCAUCAUGUUUAGUGUCCUUUUCUCAGUUUCAAAACUCUUUGUGCCUUUCUCUGUCUCUUUUCUCUCUUUGCUGGGACCGUGUGUUGAGGGCGGGCAGCGUCGUCUGUCCUCCCUGUGUGGUUAGUUUCAGGUACUACAUUGAAUUUAAUGAUAUAAUAUAAAUAUAGUGAAACAUA